GUGGUCACAGAAACGUACGCUUUAGGCAUUAGUUAGCACAGCUUUAGCAUUUUAGCUUUGUUAGCUGCAGCUGCAGGUUGUUAUCCAGUGAAGAGAAAAGCUUAACAGAUGACAUUGUUGUGUAUGUAAACGUGAUUUAGAUGAUGGCUUAAGUAGAAUUGUUAAAGUAGACUUUAACGGGACUUUUCGUUCAGCAUUAAAGUUGUUGAAACAAGCAGUAAUUGCGUUAGCUCAUGUGCUUUGUCUUUUUUAGCUACAGCUCUUGCUUUUAAUUGCUUGAAAUCAAAAAUGUUUGUUGUUUCCACUGAUUGGGUAUUUGAUGCAGUAACCCUCUGCCGUGGCUGAUAUCAGAACGUAUAUCAGACAGUAAAGUGAUCGUUUGAAGGCCAUGUCAGUAAAACAAACUCCGCCGUGUGUCUGAACAGGUCUUGUGCCACUUGAAAAUGAGAGCGCUUCAUCCACCUCACCACAGCUGGACUCAGACAUGAGAAGAGGAUGACUGAGGAUGGAGAGGACGGCCCCCUCCAUCACUCCUGUGAGGCUCCUGGUAAAGGAGACUCAAUUGCCAAUGACAGCAGCAAACUCAAUACCUCCAUAGUAGAUGUAAAAUCCACCAACGGGCACAAGGAUGACCUUAGGCUUAGAAACACAGGGGAAGGGAUCAGUCCGUAUCAGCCCCGCCCCCCCUUGCUACCCAGACUGUCGAAGUCCAGCAAAAGCAUUUCAUUGGAGGAGACUGUGAGAACCAGGAGGCUGAGAAACAGCCAAGAGAGUCUGAGCGACCCAGCUGAGACCGGCUCCUCCACAGACUCGCUUAAAGAGGAUGAAACUGUUGUAGCUCCGAGUGGGUUCGUUAUCCAGGGUACAGCUGCAGUGAGGAAUGAGCGGGAUCCCAGUGCGAGACCCCAUUCUGCUGUUCCAACUGGAUCCCCAGCCUUCCGGGACAGAGGGAGUAGUCUUUCUGACUAUGAAAGGAGACCCCGCAGCCAGCAGAGCGACCUUACAGUCCAGCAGUGGAGGGCCGCCAAGGUGCGUCUGUCUCCGGUGCAACCCACCGGACCACUGCCUGCUCUGGAGAAGAGCUUUGCGUCAGCCACUUUGAGGGCAGCUAAUAGGAUUGACAGGGAUUGUUUGGAUUAUGCCAUGCCGGCCAGAGAGAAGCUUGGAGAAAGGCUCCACAGGAACCUGAGCGACAGCCGGCUUUUGGAGAACAUGGGGUCGGAUAGUGCCUCUGUCAACUCCAUGAGGUCCACCUACAGCGUACUCAGCCCCAUCAGACCGCAGGAUAUGAGGAACAGGAGUUUUAUGGAGGGCAGCGUGCUGGGUAGUGGUGCCUUGCUUGGGGCUGAGGAGCUGGACCGCCUCUUCCCCGACAGGAGAGUUGGCAUCUACAUCGCCACUUGGAACAUGCAAGGAGAGAAGGGCCUUCCAGUCAACUUAGAUGAUCUCCUCCUUCCGACAGACUCUGAAUUUGCACAAGACUUUUAUGUUAUUGGGGUCCAGGAGGGCUGUCCUGACAGGAGGGAGUGGGAGACCAGACUUCAGGAGAGUCUGGGACCUUACUACGUCAUGUUAUAUGCAGCUUCACAUGGUGUUUUAUAUCUCACUGUAUUUGUCAGAAGAGACCUCAUCUGGUUCUGCUCAGAGGCGGAGCACGCCACAGUCACAACGAGGAUCAUCUCGCAGAUCAAGACCAAAGGCGCAGUGGGGAUUGCCUUCACCUUUUUUGGCACUUCUUUCCUUUUCGUUACUUCCCAUUUUACCUCCGGCGAUGCCAAAGUCUACGAGAGAAUACUUGAUUACAACAAGAUUGUCGAGGCUCUAGCUCUUCCAAAAGGCCUUCCAGAUACCAACCCGUACCGCUCCACACCAUCUGACGUCACUACAAGAUUCGAUCAGGUCUUCUGGUUUGGAGACUUUAACUUUCGGCUGGAUAAAGACCGGAGUGAGGUGGAGGCCAUCAUAAGCUCCACAGUAGGUGGCGAUAUGAGCCCUCUUCUGGAGCACGAUCAGCUCUCCAAGGAAAUGAAGGAAGGGUCAAUCUUUAAAGGUUUCCAAGAGGCAUCAAUACACUUCUUACCCACGUACAAAUUCGACAUUGGUCGCGAUGUCUAUGACACCACUUCUAAACAGAGAACACCUUCAUACACAGACAGGAUCCUAUUCAGGAGCAGGCAGGCUAAUGACAUAAAAACACUCAUGUAUACCAGCUGCUCGAACAUCAAGACCUCGGACCACCGGCCUGUCAUUGGUGUCUUUCAGGUCAAACUCAGGCCAGGAAGAGACAACAUUCCUCUGUGUGCCGGACAGUUUGACCGAAGCUUGUACUUGGAAGGUAUCAGGAGGAGGCGGAUCACCAGAGAAAUAAAGACAAAGGAGGCCAUGAAGAACCAAAGCAGCACGAUCUGCACCAUCUCUUAAAACCCAUUAAGGAACACUCUGGACCAGAUCAGGCUGGAUUGGAUCAGACCUGUGCCAGAAACAGGAAGGCCAGAAAGGACAAAAAGGAAAAACCAAAGUUGUCUUAACUACACAAAUCCCAGCUGUGGUCGAGGUAACUGAGGUGCAGCUGUGUCCCGAAGAAGCUGGCUAGACUCGAGGGCAGGGAUCUCGAGGUCAUGCAGAUAUCAGCGUUCUGGCCUUUAUUUAUUCUGCCCCCUGUACCCAAACAUAACUAGGGAAGGGGGGUCUCCCUUUGUGGCUUAAAGUUCAGUCACAUGCUCCAGUGUGGACUGAUAAGACCUUACAGACAGUAACAAUACCUAUUUUCUCUCUAUUUUUUGUAGCCGUUUAAGAAGCAUCAUAUACUAUAAUACUCUGUUUUUCUGAAUGCUAUACCAGUGUUCAAAUGCCUUGUGAUUUUUGUCAUGAAGUAAUGUACUAAACAUAACUACAGCACACUUUUAGGUGUCCGUUUUGUUGGAGAGUUUUGAGGAUCAGGUCAAAUAUAGACUCUGAGGAGCAUGUUGCACCUUGUUAAGAGCUACUGUUAAAUUCAGGGAAAUUACAGUUAUUUGAUGCUUUUAUUCAAUAUUUCUUAGGAACUCACUUGCUAUAAAAAAAACGUUUGAGCAUUUUAAUGAUAUUACUACUAUAUUACUACCAUUAUUGCUACCUUUUGUGUGAUUAGGCCAAGUGAACCUUUGCAACACUAAACGCAAUGCCUUACCUCUCAUCUUAUUACUGUGUAAACUGUCCAUGUACUGUAUGUAGCAGCACAUUAAUCAUCUGCAUUCCCAGCAUGAAGCGCAUUCUGUUUUUUAAAAAAAGUGCCUGUGGGUAUUGUUUUUACAUCAUCGGGACCUCUUAUCCACAACUAUAUCUUUUUAUGUCAUCUGAUGUAACAUCCCAUAAUAAAGGUUUGAAAACACCUUUGUUUGUUGGAUACAUUUUGCCCAUAACAGAUGUAUUUAAGUGUGGGGGAGCACAAUGUGUUGCAAUGUUAUCAACUUAAUAUAGUAGUUAUAAUACUGUGUUAAAUCUAAGGUGAAGCUGAGCACCAGCUUCCAGAGCUUAAAGAUGAAGCCUGUGUGGGAAUCCCCAAAACUGCAGUUUCUCCAAUGGCCACUUGAGGGUGCUUCUUAAACUGAGUCAAAAAUAGUUGUCCCUUUGUCACUACCAAAGGUUAAAGUUAGGGGCAUGAUGUACAGGCUUACAGCCUCUUGUCAACAAUCAUGUAGUAAAAAGAAAGUGUGAAAUAACUCAUGUUUUAUAGUCUAGAUUCUUCAAAAUAGCUAUUCUUUUCUUUGAUUACUGCUCUGCACACUCUUGGCAUUCUCUUGACGAGCUUCAUGUGGUAGUCAGCUGAAAUGGUUUUCCACUUGUUGGCCCUUUUCCCAUCACUCUGCAGUCCAUCAGAUCCCAACCCAUCUAGACUGGGUUUAGGUCAGGUGACUGUAAAGGCCAUUUGGUGCAGCACUCCAUCACUUUCCUUCUUGGUCAAGUAGCCCUUACGCAACCCAGAGGUGUGUUUGGGGUGACUGUCCUGUUGAAAAAUAAAUGAUGGUCCAACUAAACGCAAACCUGAGAUGGGAUGGCAUGUUGCUACAAGAUGCUGUGGUAGCCAAUCUGGUUCAACGUACCUUCAGCUUUGAAAAAAUCCCCAACAGUGUACCAGCAAAGCACCUCCAAUCCAUCACACCUCCUCCACGCUUCACAGUGGGAACCAUGCAUGUAGAGACCAUCUGUUGAUCUUUUCUGUGUCGCAGAAAGACACAGCAGGUGUAACCAAAGAUCUCAGAUUUGGACUCGAGCAGUCUCCUCUGAACAGUUGAUGUAGAGAUGUGUCUUCCACUGACUCUGUGAGGCAUUUAUCUGGGCUCUAAUU